CGAGCAGUACGAGUUGCCCAUCGUGCUGUUCGUCGUCGAAAAACAUUUGUUAGAGUGUGAAGUGUAAGAUUGUCGUUUGCUAAGAUGGCGGUGUAAAUUUUUAAGUGUUUAGUAAAAUGGAUGCCUUGAAACAAGUUUAUAAAAAAGUCGCCUUGUCAAAAUUUCGCCACCCCGUGUUUGAUUAGUUGUAGUGAAUUCGUCUUCGUAAGAAAGACGUAAAUAAUAGAAGGAACAAUGCGCGAAUUCAAGGUAGUCGUUCUUGGUUCGGGUGGGGUAGGAAAAAGUGCAUUGACAGUGCAGUUUGUGUCUGGUUGUUUCAUGGAAAAAUAUGAUCCUACGAUCGAGGAUUUCUAUCGAAAAGAGAUCGAAGUGGACAACUCACCCUGUGUCCUGGAGAUCUUGGACACGGCUGGCACGGAGCAGUUUGCCAGCAUGCGCGACCUCUAUAUCAAAAACGGGCAGGGUUUUGUCGUUGUAUACAGCUUGACCAACCACCAAACGUUCCAAGACAUCCGCCCCAUGAAAGAACUGAUAACGAGGGUCAAAAAUACCGAACGGGUUCCUAUACUUUUGGUAGCGAACAAGGUGGAUUUGGAACAUCAGCGGGAGGUAUCAACCAGCGAAGGAUCAAGUCUAGCCCAGCAAUGGGGCUGUCCUUUUGUGGAAGCUAGCGCAAAGAAUAGGACCAACGUGAACGAGGUGUUUGCUGAAAUAGUGAGAGAAAUGAACUUUAAUCCUGAAAAAGAAAAGAAAAGCUAUUGUUGCUGUACAGUGCUUUAAUAAUGGGCCUCAUUUCCACUCGCGGUGGGAAUGCCAAUCGUCAUAAAGAAAGAAAAACAUUUGUGUGAACAAUUAGUCAGCUUAAAUGUUCGUGUAUAUCUCCUGUUUGCAGACAGAGACAACAUUAUAUAUUUUAUUAAUGCUCAUUUUCUAGUAAACUUGAUUCGUAACUGCUUAGAACUGCACAGUACCUAUAUUUUUAUACAUUGAAGGAGAUAGAGGAAAUCUACAUAUUUUAUUUACCUACCAACUCAAUUUUUAACUGAAUCAUAUCUUAUACUGCUAAGAUCUACUUAAAUAGAUAGUGCCUGAUAAUUGAAAAACUUGUCUGCUUUUCUACGAAUCUGGGCUAAAUUUUAUUUAUUAACAACUUACAACAAAACAAUACGUAAAUAAUUGUUAUAAAUUGUCGUGAUUUCAGCGAGUUUUAUCCAACACAAAUGGUACCUACAGAAUUUAUUUUUAUUAAAAGCGCCUAGCUUCAGCGAAAGUUUGUGUAGGACCUUGUACUGUAUUCUUUUUCCCAUUUUCGUAAUUAUUUCUCGCACGUAUACACGUGGAAACCAACUUGUAAGAAUGCGAAUCGAAAUUUCUUGCACAAAAUUCGUUGUGGAAAUUAAUUGAGCAUCUUGUUUACUCCAGUUAUUUUUCAAUACAAUUUCUUUUAUAAAAUGACAAAGUUUUUGAUAAUACACAAACCACAAUUUUUUUGGGUCAAUAAUACGUUCGAUAUAUUCUUUUAAAUGACACUAAUAAAGUCAGAUUUUAAAAAUACAAGAAUUAUAUACUGAGUUAUUUUUUUGUUAAUAAAUUAGUACCUACAUAUGCCAUUUGUUUGCCCACAUUCGAAGAUAAAGUGCAAGUUAUUUCAAAAGGCAUAAUGUGUGUGGUGGUGCUACAGCUACAAUACUAACGGCCUAAGAAACCGAAAAAGUAGUCAGUGGCAGUGACAAUUAAAUCCGAAAAAUUAUGGCGACUGCUAUAAAAAAAAAUAAGCUGGUCUUCUAAGGAAUGCCAUAUAAACGAGGGGAGUAUUAGAUUAGUUACCGCGUCUGUGUUAUUUUCAAUUCCAUCUGAAAUUUGAUUUCAACUUUUUAUAAUGUUGUAAUUUUUGUUGUUGGAAAAUGAAAAAACAAAGGGGCAGAAUACUCCUCUUGCAUUUUGCUUUCGCAAGACCAGCUUCCCCGUUGUGCUAAUAAUCCUUAAUUUAGUAUAUAUAUGUUGUAUAAAACUCAUCAAUGUAUAUAACGCAAUUUUAUCGUAAAAAAUACAGACUUGCGUGUUUUGUAAAAAAAUAUGAAUAAAUGGUGUAUGAUUGUAGCGUGUAUCGAGAGUUACUAAUUAAAUGUUAUUUGCAACAACCUUGAUUGUAGCGUGUAUGUCCUCUGAGAGCCAAAAAAGGAUUUGUGAUAUAUACUUAUUAUAAUAAAAACCUUUAAAUGGAA